CAUCUCCAGUUUCUGCACAUUUGCCUCCAUUUCUCACACACCCAGAAUCAAAGAUCCUUCAUUUGAGCCAAGUCUUUGAUCUGUCAAACGGUUGUUUGUACGAGUUUUCGAUCAUUGCAGUAGCGGAUCACAAAUUCUUUGGUGAAAUUGCUCCUUGAAUUUUACAUUCUCUGUUCUUUCCAACAGGAAUUUUGUGUACCUUUUUUUGACUUAUUAAAGAUGUUAGGAGAGUUGAUAACCAGAGGCCUUCUGAUGGUUCUAGGAUAUGCAUAUCCUGCAUUUGAGUGUUUUAAAACUGUGGAGAAGAACAAAGUCCAUAUUGAAGAGCUAAGGUUCUGGUGUCAAUAUUGGAUAAUUGUUGCACUGCUGACUAUUCUUGAGAGAAUUGGUGAUGCAUUUGUAUCAUGGGUGCCAAUGUAUGGAGAGAUGAAGCUUGCACUUUUUAUCUACUUAUGGUACCCAAAAACCAAGGGAACUGGGUUUAUCUAUGAAACCUUCUUGAGGCCAUAUGUGGCGAAACAUGAGACAGAUAUAGAGAGGAAUCUGCUGGAUUUGAGAGCUAGAGCUUGGGACUUGGCCAUUUAUUAUUGGCAAAAUUGCACCCAGUUAGGCCAAUCAGCAUUCUUCGAUCUCCUCAAUUACUUAGGUUCCCAGUCUUCGAAGCUUAAAAACCAGAGCUCUAAAUCUAAGAAGGAUGACAAAGAAAAAGACAAAGACAAAGGCAAAGGAUCUCCUCUACCUCCUCCCAACACACCAUUCUCAUUCAUGUAUGGCAGGCAGCCGUCCGACAAGAGGCGGCCAGACUCCUGGCGGUUGGAGACCCAACCGCCUAAUCCAGAGACGGUACAAGUUCACUUCAAUAGCCAAACACAUUUCGUCCACACCGGGGACACUUCAAUACCAGAAUCACCCACUAGACAUGGCUCAACCGAUGCCUCGCAUGGUCAGGACCAACGUUCUUCAAAAUUCAGAUUUAGGCGCUCUAAAUGA